AUGUCGGUUCAGUUGGGCGUGUCGGGGGAGACCCUGAUCCCCCAAUCGACCGGCUAUGGCAUGCUCAUCGGGUUAGGCAUCGGGUUCUGCGGUGUCAUUCUGGCAGCCGUCAAGAUUCAAAAGGCAUACCUGGCCGAAGACUCGGGCACUUCGGAGAUGUUCAUGGUGGCCAACCGAUCUGUCGGGACUGGGCUGACGGCGUCGGCGGUCUUUUCCUCGUGGAUGUGGAUCAACGAAACAGUUUUCUCGGCGGCUUUCUGUUACAAAUUUGGUCUUGCAGUGCCUUUCUGGUGGUCAACAGGUCUCUGCUUCCAGAUCGCUCUGAUGGCGGCUCUGGGCGUCCUGGCAAAGAUCCGAGUUCCAUACGCCCACACGUCACUUGAAAUCAUUCGAAUGCGCUAUGGCUGGGUUGGACACAUUGUCUUCAUUGUGCUCAACAUCACGAACAACGUCUUUGGCUGUGCAGGCAUGAUCCUCACAGGGUCACAGCUUAUCUACGGUAUCUCGGGAAUGCACUUCGUGGCUGCAACGAUUCUUAUCCCUCUUGGAGUCGUGCUUUACACCGCUGUUGGCGGGCUGAAGGCUACCUUCAUUACCGAUUACCUGCACACGCUGAUUGCUCUGGUCCUCAUCAUUUACUUCACGCUCAAGGUCCUCACGCACGAUGCUGUCGGUGGCCUUGGAGGUCUCUACGACAAAGUCGUAGCGACAGCUUCGGAGAACAUGAUCGACGGUAACUACAAGGGGUCUUUGCUUACGAUGAAGUCCCGAGAUGCAAUCAUUUGGGGAUUGAUUCUGAAGUUUGGUAACUUGGCUCUUGUUGUGAUGGACACUGCGUUCUGGCAAAAGUCUUUCGCGACAGAAGUCAACGCAACCGUUCCCGGAUAUAACCUGGCGGCCGCAGCUAUUUUUGGCAUCCCAUGGGGUCUCGGCACCGUCAUUGGUCUUACCGCAAGAGCGCUUCAUAACACUCCAAUCUGGCCCGCCUACCCGCAAGAAUUCACACUGGCACAAGUCAACGCAGGACUCGUCAUGCCUUACACCGUUGAGGCACUGAUCGGUGACCAGGGAAUCGACGCCUUCCUAGUCCUAGUAUUCAUGGCGUUAACCAGCACCGUCUCGUCGUCCAUGAUUGCAGUCAGCAGCAUCUUGUCCUUUGAUGUUUACAAGACUUACAUCAACCCCAAAGCCUCAGACAAGAAGCUGGUGCACGUCAGCCAUCUGACUGUCGUCUUCCAUGCGGUGUUCAUCACUGUCAUCUCACUAGCUCUGAACUACGGAGGCGCCGACAUGACGUGGAUCGGCUACUUCCGCCCGAUUCUUUCCUGCCCUGGCAUCAUUCCGCUGGGUUUGACUCUAUGCUGGUCAGGUCAAACUCGCCUGGCAGCCAUUGUCUCCCCUAUCCUCGGCUUCCUCACCGGGCUGGGCAUCUGGCUUGGAACAGCCCAUGUUAUUUACGGCGAGAUCAACCUGAAGACAACAGAGGAAAGCUUGCCAGCCUUGUACGGGGCAACCGCUUCCUUCUUCUCACCUGCUCUGUACUCGGUUCUGCUUUCGCAGUACAAGCCAGAGAAGUUCGAUUGGAGGAGGUUUCUGCUUACAGAAAUCGCGGAGGAAGUCCAGCUGAAACAGAGCACCGAAGCAGAGAAGGACACUGACGAUGGGAACAACUCAUCGACUUCCGAGUCACAACGACCCGCACCCUCCUUGCUGAGUCCCGAAAAGGCGUCGGACCCGGAACGAACGGCAGCCACGGCUGGAAACGAAAAGGCUCCAGCUGCGGUAUUUUCAAGGGAUGCUAUUCUGAAUGGCAAGGUCAAUCUAGAUGACGUUCGUCAUCCGUUCGACGGAGACACGAUCAAGCUGCUAUACAAAUGGUACCGUAUUGCCUGGUACAUGUUCGUCGGCAUCGUUCUGGUCACCUUUAUUCUCUGGCCGAUGCCGCUGUAUCGCGACUACAUCUUUGAGAAGACCUUCUUCAAGAGUUGGACGACGGUGGCCAUUAUCUGGCAGUUCUUUGCUUUCUUUGCAGUUGUAGUAUACCCUCUGUACGACGGGCGCUACGAGAUUGCCCGAGUCGAAAUCCAGCAUAACGUCUUGGUAGAGCUUCUCUCGACCAGCAGCCCCUGUGUCUUUGCUCUAUUUGUCCCAGAAUGGGGCGUCUGUUCUCACGGAAACGAUCCGGUGAACGCCGCGUAUGAUCUACAGAGGACCGAAGUCUACACCCGGGGAGUUAAUGGCGGUCAAGGGACUUUCGUGUCUGGUGACGUGCAUCGCGAGGGGGACCACGUCUCGUUCCCUCUGAAAAAUAACAUCCCAUGUCGGACUAUCGAAGAACUCAAGUCACGCUUUCCCGCAGCCAUGGACUGGGCUCUGAAAGACCUGGAGCGAACCCGACUUCAAUGCUAUCACCAAAUCUUUCCACGGGCGCCCGACGAUGAUAUAGGUAAGUACAUGGCACACGGCGGCCUGGUCUUUGGUGAGUAUGACCCCGCAGAACAACAAGACAAGCUCGACCACCCUCCAGCACCGACAGCAGAAACGCAGAUGUGCGAGCUGCCCCGCCACCUGAUGUUCCACAGCGUCCCCAAAGACCCCUGGUUCCGGCUCCGCCUGCGGCGCAACCCCGAGCCCAAGAUCGGCUUCGGGAUGCGGUUCUUCGUGGAGGCCGGCGCGAGCAUGCUGCAGGUGGACUGGAGCGUCAUGCCGCAGCUGGAGACGGUGUUCCUCGACCUGCGGUCGUACGGGCGCGGGUACCGCGGUGCCCGCGGCAAGCCGGAAGACGACGGCAUCCGGCGCGGCGCGGCGGAGAUGAGCCGCUGUCUGCAGCUGCAGGACCUUGUCAUCGCGGGCCUGCGGAGCGGCGGUAAGUAUGUGCGGCCGCCGGGCUGGCAGAUGUGUGACUGGGAGGUGGACGAGUGGGAGGUUGACGGGGAGGUCAACUGGGUCAAGGUGUUUUGCGGGGCUGUGAGGGAGGGCGGCCGGUUGGUGUUUAUUGAUCGCAGGGUCGUUGAUGUGGAUUGGGGGAUGUGGAGAGUGAGGGCUAAGAUUCAAGGUAUGCUGCCCAAGGAUCGCUCUGAGGAGAAAGGCGGCAUGACCUACCUGGCUCAUGUCGACAAGGUAAUGGGACCGAAGGACACGAAUAACUAG